ACAGAUUUUUUAAUUGAAAUAGAUUAUAAUAAAUUUUUUAUAGUAGUUUCAACAGUUUAGGUAAAAUUGUUAUGGAAUAUCAUGGAGUUUUGUAUAUUUGGAAAUGGAGAGCAACCAAAAAUCUUGAAAGGUUAUAGUGACUUUUGAAGAUUUUUGAAGGUAGAAGAUUUAAAAAUAAUGAUUAAAAUCAAUUUAAUUGAUAUUUUUUUCAUAUAACUUCAUUCAAAUUAAUUUUUUCACAUUUUAAUUUUUAAGAUAUAUAAAAAAUUUGCAUUAAAUUUCACUUCAUAAUUUAAUUGUUUUAAAAAAUUCACACUAAGAAGAAAGAAGAAUGAAAACCAAGAAGAAACACCGCAGGAAGAAACGGAUUGUAACAAUUUUAUUAAUUUCUCAUAUUCAAUAUCAAAUUGUUUGAGCUUCCAAUAAAUUUUCAGAUCAUGCACCAAAAUAUAAAUCGAUUUUUGAUAGGGAAGAUAUAGUCGUUAAUAAAGAAGAAAGACUAGUUUUGAUAGAUGCCAACAUGUUCGAUGCACCCCAAAAUAACCGAUCAGAUUCGAAAACACGCAGCAACUCCACAACCAGAAGCAAAAGUAGGGAUCGAACUAGUACAGAUAGAAGCAGAAGACCCAAAAGUAGAAGUCCAGAAAGGAAUAGAAGAAGUAGAAGUCCAGAAAGGAAUAGAAGAAGUAGAAGUCCAGAAAGAAAUAGAAGAAGUAUAGAUAGAAGAAGAAGAAGCCCAGAUAAGAAUCGAAGGAGUACUGAUAGAGAUAGAAGCCCGGAUAGAAAAAGAAGAAGUGCACAUAGAAGUAGAAGUCCUGAUAGGGAUAGAAGGAGUACUGAUAGAGGUAGAAGCGCAGAUAGAAAGAGAAGAAGUGGAGAUAGAAGCAGAAGUCCCGAUAGGGAUAGAAGUUAUUGUAGUACAGAUAGAAAUAGAGAUUGGAGAAGCAGGGAGAGAGAUACUAGGGAGAAAACAAGGAGGUAUAGUCGAGAAAGGGAUCCAAUAUACGAGAAACAUUCGGUAUCAAGAAGAUCUCGUUCAAGAGAAAGAUAUCGUGAGAGGUAUAGAUCGUUGACACCAUUAAAACCUGGUGAAUAUCGUAGGAAUCAUCCUGAUUUGAGGAAGAGAUCUAGAUCGAGGGAGAAAUAUAGAUACGAUGGAAAUAGAAGGAGUGGAUCGAGAACGAGACCGUCUACGUCUAAAAAACGAUCGUUAUCUCCAAGGAGAUCAUCGAGUAGGUCUCCUAAAAGAAGAAAACAUUCGGAUUACUACGAGAAAAGGAGAAGCAGAUCACCGCAACCUUCUGGUUCUAGGGAUAGGAAAUAUUAUAGUAGAAGCCCGGAUUAUGAAAGGGAUAAAAGGUAUAAAUUGGAAAGGGGUGGAAGAAGUCGGUCUCCUGGAAGGAAAGAUGGGGUGCCGUACAGAGACCCGGCUAUGGAUUUCGGUUAUUAUGAAGGUGUCGGGGAUUAUUGGAUGCAUCCCGGUUUAAUUCGUCCUCCACCGUAUCAGGUGCAGAGGUUUUAUCCUCCGGCUUUUUAUCCUAGGAUUGUACCCGGUGGUCCGGUUUUGUAUCCUCCUCGUCAUCCUAUGAUGCAGCCAAUAAUAAGACAGAAAUUGCCGGUUUAUAAUAGUAGAUCGAAACCGGUUGUCACACAAACUUUGGAUAAAGUGACUACGGUGGAUAAAGGUGAUGGAAGUAAAGAGGAGGGUAAAUGUACUAUAGAAGAAGUGAAAAAUAACGAAACCGAAGAUAAAGAGGAUAAAGAGGAGAAUAAAUAGAGUUUGCGAUGGAUUUUUCAAAAUUUUGAUUCUUUUUUUCAUGCAAUAAAUAAUAGUUUUUGUUUUUAUUAUUAAUUAUUUGACUUAUUACUUAAUAAAAACAAUGUUAUUCUAAUAUACAGAAUGAAGUAUGAAAAUUUCGGUUUUUUGAUAUUUUUUUAAAAUUUGAUGUCCUUUUUGGUAAUAAAGUAAUUUUCGUA